UCUCUGCGAAUUUUCUGAUGGAGUGUUUCAAGAACAGCAGGGAUUUCUCUGACGGGAGCAACCAUGAUGGAGAUAAAAGAAUUAAUUGAGAGAGAAUCAUUUAGCAGCCUAACAAACUUGCUGGAGAAACAGAAGUCCCAAAUUAAAGCGAAGGAUGCCGAGAAGAAGAAGAAGGUCCCGAAGAAAAUCAAGAAGGUUCUCACGAUCGAAGAGGACCUCCCCCCGUUGCCACCCAUCCAGUGGAAGCCGAGCAUCUUCUCCACGCAGCUCUCCCUGAUGCCCCUCCUUGCCGGAGAGCAAGCUGUCGUGAGCCGCAGUAGCGAGAAGUCUGCCAACAUCUUAGAGUGCAUGCUGACUCUGAAGACCGAGGUCCCCAUCAUGACGGAAGAGCAGAAGCAGGACUUGAACCCCCUGACCAUAAAGAUCAAGUGUGCCUCCUGCCUCCCAUCCCAGCCCGUGCCCAUCCAGGAGCUGAAGCGGCUGUGCGUGCCCGUCUACUGCAAGUACCAGUUCCACGCCACACCCGUGCACCGCACCGAGGGCCAGCCCCACGCGUCCCACGUGCACUUCCAGGACAUCAACGUCAUCUUCCUGGGGGCCGUGUCCCCCCGCGACCUCCGGGAGUACCUGGAGGGACCCCCUCUUCUGGUGGAGGUCCACGACCGGGACCGGCGCUCGGAGGAAUGCUCCCGGAAGCCCGCCCUGUUCGGGGACGACCCCCUGGACCCCUACCUCAACAGCCAGAGGCUGGCCUCCACCCGGGAGACCGAGGCCAACCCCUUCCAGUCCCAGGACGCCAUGUGGGACCCCUACGGGGUAGCCCGGGUCAGCCUGGCGGACCUCCUGCUUGGCCACCGCUACCUGAACCUGGCCGUGCCCAUCCACACCUGCGAGGCGGGCCCCCCUCCCGGCACGGGGGGAGGCGGGGAGGCCGGGCGAGGCCGGAGGCUGCCCCCGGACGGCGCCCACCACGGCCCCAUGCCCCCCGGCCACUACAUCGAGGCCCACGCCACCCUCAAGCUCCGGGUGGACCUGGCCGUCCCCCUGAGGCCCGGGGCCCCGCCGGCCUCCCUGACCGCCUCGGCCUCCGCCGCCGCCGGGCCUCCCUGCCCGGCCUCCGCGGCCUCCACCUCGGGCCUCCCCGCCUCCGCCACCCGGUUCGGCCGGAUCGUGUUCGCCUUCGGCUUCCGGAGGCUGGCCGUCCUGCACGGGAUCCUGCAGGACGUGACGGCCAUCAACGCCCGGGCGCUGGACCUGGAGGCCUACCCGGCCCGCAGCGUGCAGCAGAUCCUGUCGGCCUUCAAGACCCGCGUCAAGAUCCACGACCGGCCGCAGCUGGACGUGCUGACGGGCUUCCACCUGCUGGACGGCAGGCUGCACCUGUUCGUGCUCGAGGGCCUGGCCGAGCAGGGCCUGCGCAGGCUGCUCUCGGGACAUAGAAGCGAGACCCCAACCUCGACCUCGGAGCGCAGUAAGUGCAAGGUGCUCUACGACUCGCAGCUGCUGUUCCACCAGCGACUGUACGCCGACCUCGAGACCAUCCUCUACCACGUGCACCUGUUCCAGCCCCUGGCCCAGCUGAUGCGGCACACGGCGCUCUACCUGCGCAAGGCCCUGCCCCGGAGGGCCUUCCAGGCCCUGGCCAGGGUGCCCGGGAGGAGGUACACGUAUUCCCAGCGUUUCCUCUCGGCCACCCUGGAGCCCCUCGACGUCCAGGAAGAGGACAGGAAGGCCCGGGAGAGGUCGCGCCGGGCCUGGCUCACGCCCGCUGGCUUCCAGGUGACGGGCCUCAGGGAUGGCAUCGAGGAGAACCGGCCGGGGCUGCAGCUGCCCGUCAUCACGGACGUGGUCGAGGAGUGGAAGGAGAAGGAGCUCUUCGCCAACAAGCUCAAGCCCGUGCUGGACCGGGACCGCUGGGGCUGGGACCGGCGCCACCUGGACUUCGAUCUCUACACCAGGCCUCCCCCUACUUCCUUCCCAGUGCCGCCUUCGCCUGCCCCGAAGCCGGGGGUGACAGUAUCUUCUAGAAAAUGAUGGAAUAAAUACGCAACCCUGGGAACCGCGCUGAGAUGCUCAGCGGGGACAGCCGCGUCGGGGCCGUGUCUGGGCCGAGGUCUGUUCGCCAGCGUCCAAAAGCUUCCCGCCCUUUGAUUCCACACUCGCUGGCCAGGGCGAACCCCAGGAACCGGCAGCCUCAGGUCUGUAAUUAUGCACCACUGCAUGCACCCAGUUGACUGAAGUAUACUUAUUGAUUGUUCGUAAACAAGUAUAAAUUGCAAAAAAAAAAAA